AUGAAAUCUGUACCGCCCUUCAAUGGCACUGUGGAGGAGCGUGUAGAGAACCAGUCCUUUGACCGCUUCUACGGUGUAGCCGAAAUGCUGAACAGCACAACGAAGUUUGUUGCAACAUUCAUCCUCGCGCCGGGUGGUGUGUCGCUGCAAGCUGUGCCCCAAAACAGUACGUUGUAUUAUUAUGACUUCCUCGCGUACGACAACGACACGGGAGAUCCGCCAGUGCUUGAAUCGAUUGACACCGCGCAAAUUGCCGUGCUUGGCCCUCUGUACCAUGGCAUUCCCCCUAUCGAUGCGGGGUGGCAGCUGGUUGUGCGCAAUCCCGUCUACAACGUCACGAACAUAAGUCAUGGAUCGAGGAACAAUUUUUGGGGAUUCGUCUUCAUCGUUCAGGAUGUGGACGCAAUGAUGGAUGCCAAUAGGAUUGAUGAAAAAACGCGGGAGAAGGAACUUGAUUAUCUUAUUUACACGACAGAACGUGCAACAAAUAAGAUUUUUCCCAUCCGAUAUUCAGUGAAGAGCAAUCCCACACAGGAGGAGCUGCAACACUUCAUCAUGACUGGGACAAAUCGUACAGUACUGCGAAGCCGCAUCCGAUGGUAUCUUUGCAUGCGCACCACCUACCAUGAGCCGUUACUAUCACGAUCGGUAACCGUCGUUAUUGUUGUUUCUGCCGUGAUAAGCUCCAUCUUUGUGUUCCUCAUUGGUGCGUCUGUUGUACUGACGUGCUUACGUGAGUACGACGGGAGAGACCACGCGCCGAAGAUGGCGCCGUUUGCAAUGGCCAUCAUAGGCCCCUGUAGUGGCGAGCUGCUGUGGGAGCUCGCACCAGACCACAUGGUGCAGGUGUCGGAUCGACUUGCUGAGGUGCAGUGGCGGGAGAUCGUCCGCCAUCGCGCCUACAGGGGUAUACAGAUGCACCCAUACACCACCACAAUCAUCACGCGCACAGUGGACGCCGCUGUGCAGCUUUGCUUCGACAUUCUGGAGGAACUACAGGCGCAGCCUAUUGAUGGUCCGCUGCGGCACAUCCUUGGGGAGGAUGGACGGCUGCUCAUCGCGUGCACAGUGCACUGGUGCACGGACGCCACCGUUCGUGUGGAGACCGUCAGUGGUAGCAUGCGCUACGAGGGCCCUGACGUGGUAUACGGUGGGCGAAUGUGGGUGUUCGCGGCGCCGAACGAGGUGUCGAUCAGCCGUGCCGCACGUGAUGCGGCGGUGAACAUGCGCGACACACAGGUCCACCCGCUCGGUAGCGUCUUCAUCCGCGGCGUGGCGGAGCGACAGGACCUCUUCACCAUCACUGACCCGCAGAACAAGCGGCUGCGUGAGGCAUCCACGUUGGCGCGUGGGCGAAAGCGGCAGAGUGUCCAGAUGGUAGCGUCCAGCAUGGAGGGGACGUUGGAAGGCAACCCACUGUCGAUCGGCGCCGAGUUGCUGGCGCGCGGCGGGCACUACCACUCCAACAACAGCAUGACGAGCGCGGAGGUGAACGAGGUGCUGCCCGCCGACUCGAGCAUGGGGGCGGUGGAGUCCGGCGGCGCCCUCCGCCGUGCGUCGGAUGCCCUGCGCGGCUUGAAGGGACCCAACCAAAUUAACGUCCCCAGCUCGUUGGUGGAGCUGCUGCCCACCGACUCCCUACAGCCGCUGCAAGAGGGGGCCGGCACUUCCACGCCGCCCAGGACGCCACUCGCGAGCCUCACGGUUCGCAUCAUGAGCGACGAAAACAGCUCAAAGUCGCGCAGUAGCGGGCGGCAGAAGCAGGGGCAGAACGCCUCAAGUGCCGAACGCAGUCUCUCCGGAGGGAGGCGAUGUGGUGAAGAGGAGAGAAGGGGUUCGAAGAAUUUCGAAUUGGGCGCCGGCCUCACGGUAACUUCACCCAAGUUGCGCGACAAGAGGCCGCACGAUGGCGACUUUCUCACGGAAGCGUUGCUGCAUCCGAAGAUCCCCACAUCAUUGGACAUGCACCUCCGGGCCGUGUUUGAGCAGCAGUCUGUGGUGCUUGACCUCAGUUACGACUCGGUUCGCACGAUCGUCUUCUAUUUCCAUUCCUCGUUCAAACUUCUGCUGAAGCCGCUGGCAGGGCCGGAGCGCAGCAACAUAUUCCGCCGCUUCGUCAGUGCCUUUGGGGUACCGCGUCAGAACAUUCUUGAGCACCUCGCCGUGCGCUGUGCGCUGCGGCAUAUUCAGCAACUAGAGGAGACCCGCUCGCUGCUGUGGAACUGCGAGCAACAGAUGAGGCUGCAGAUGCUGAUGCGUAGACCAGACGAGUCAUCGACAGGGUUUGGGAGCAGCGACAAUAAUUUUAUGAACAACGAUUCCAUGAGGGACUCGGCGUCAGGCUCCAUCACCUAA